AUGGAGAAAAGUCAGUUGAAGCCUGAUCUUGUGACCUAUUGCAUUCUGAUCAAUGGUUUGUGCAAAGCUGGCAAGAUUAAUGAUGCCAAGGAACUGUUUUCUAGUCUUUUUGAAAAUGGUUUACAACCUAAUGUUCAUAUAUAUUGUGCAAUUAUGAAAGGACUCUGCCGAGAAGGCUUAAUAGACGAAGCAUAUAAGAUUUUUAGAGACAUGGAAAAGGAAGGAUGUUUACCGAAUAAUUGGUGUUAUAAUAUCAUCAUUCAAGGGUUUCUCAAGCAUAAGGAUUUACCAAAAGCAUCACAACUAAUCAACGAAAUGGUUGAUAAGGGGUUCUCUGCUGAUAAUGCUACCACAAAAUUGGUAGUACAUUUAUCACGGAAUAAUGAUCUCAUUCUGAGCCUUUUAAAGGUGCGCAAUGAGGGAUCAGCAAACUAA